AUGGCUACUGAAGUCAACGCUAAAGAUGUCUCUUCGUCAACUGAAGUGGAUGAGUUUGGAUUUCAAAGACCUGACAUGUAUACUCUUAAUCUUUCAAAUACAGUAGAACCUUAUCAUCCUUCUGCUUUGAAAUCUCAUGCUGAUAAGUCUCCUAUUAAGACGCGGUUGACGUUUUGUGAAGGACCUUCCGGAAAUGAAUCUUCUGAGGGGGAUUUGUUUGUUUUUCCUGAAAUGCUCAAGUACAAGGGUUUGACAAGCAAUGAUGCUGAUAAGUUUGUGGAAGAUGUGUUGGUAAAUGGCAAGGACUGGGUUUCUGGACCAGUGGAACGAUUGGAGGGUUCAUAUGUGUUUGUGUGUUGUCAUAUUGCUAGAGACAAGAGAUGUGGUACUUGCGGACCACAACUUAUUCAGAAAUUUAAAGAGGAGAUUGGAUCGAAGGGACUGAAGGAUCAAGUCUUUGUUGGUCCAUGUUCCCAUCUUGGUCAACAUAAGUUCGCAGGGAACUUGACUAUUUUUAGUCGCAAUUCGUCAGGAGAAGUUACUGGCCAUUGGUAUGGAUAUGUUACUCCUGAGGAUGUUCCUGCUAUGCUUGAUCAACAUAUUGUGAAGGGAGAAAUCAACAAAAAGAUAUGGAGAGGUCAAAUGUUGCCUUUCCCUACUCAAGAUAGCCAGCAAGUAGUCCAAGGUGGUGGUGAGAAAGGUAAGAAAGAGGAAUCUCAAGCAAGCACUGGAGCUGGUGAUGUGGUGAAGGAUGCGGGAGGCUGUUGCCAAGGUCUCAAUGGGGUUUCUUGUUGCAGAAACUAA